AUGACAAUCCAAGGAGUCUACCUUGAGCCCAUCCGCAAGGAAACCAUCGAAUUCCAAAUGUUUGAGGAACGCUUCGACAGGUUGGUCGCCCUCUACGAGAUCAUCUACGCCGAGGUUGUCAGCGGAUACCUGGGCAACGAGGAUGAAUGGGACGGAACCACCUAUUACCAUGGCACCUCGCACUGCGGAUGCACCGACCUCAUGAUCGCCAAUUCUGAAGACGACCGAAUCCCUGUCUAUGCCUGGUGUAAAAAUUCCCGCUGUUGUACUAAGGGCAUCAUCAGCAGCGGCUUCCUCAAGGCCAAGAGUCCACAAGACUUUGGUUCUCACACUGUACUUCGCUGGGGAUUGUUGAGUACAGGCCACUUUUUCUCACUUGAUGAGGAGACCGCUCGAGAAAUGGCAAUCGGCAAGUCUUUUGGGACAGCCCCGGAAUCACCCCUCCUGAGUAUCUUUGUUUGUGUCGCCAGGAACCCUCAAAACGAAGUUAUCUAUCCUUUCGAGGACUACCAUUCUGUCCAAAACGACAACGACAUUUUGCCUGUCUACAUCGCCAUCGUACACAAGUAG